AUGUUUAGACCUAAAUACUUAAUUGAUUGGGACAAAGGGAUAGGGAUGUUACCGAGGAAGUCUUCUAGGCAGGGAGGAAGACGAAGAUUAAAGGUAAUAUGAGUGGAUAUUUUGUUUGGUUGACUUUGAUUCGUCGUCUAUUAUACCAGACCGACAUUAGGUCAGGGUGAUUUUGGAAAUUUAUGGAGGCAGUGAAUGGGUCUUGAUGUUCUGAUAUAAUUGCCUUAUUGUCCGCAAAUUCAACUACUAACGUUGUUGGAGAGGUAAGUUGUUCUGCCGCGUAUGCAUUAUAUAGUGAAGGAGAAAUAAUACCACUUUUAUUACAAUUACUGCCCAUUAAUUUUUAAAGAAAUAGCAAAAUAACAAAUGUUCAAUUUUGAAUGCAUAAUUUAAUUUAAUUUCUUGAAGUAUUUAAAUUUUAUGAUUUUUAAAUUUCAUAUAGUUACAAACAUAAAUAAUUAGUUUUCAGAAUUGAAUUUUUAGUUUUUAUUUUUAAUUUUCAGUUUUCUCACUAAUCAAUUUAUAUUUGGUACAUCUGUAUAGGUAAUUAAUCAAUACCAUCUGUGUAUAUUAAAAAAUAACAUGUCUAAUUCAGUAAAUAACUAUAUAGUAACCGGUAGAUUAAAAUAUGUUGAAGAGAACCGUAAUCAUAUUUUUUUUUUUUUUUAAGGCUAUUCUAUUUUUAACUAAACAAGGCAUAUCCUUCUGGGGUCAUAACGAGUUUCAAAGUUCAACUAAUACAGCUAAUUUUACAGAACUUCUGGAAAUGUUUGCUGACGACGAUACAAAAACCGAUUGCGAUCGCGGCUGCUCUCCAGAAUAUCAAAAUGAUAGGCACGUGGUUAAAUAA